AUGGGUUGUUGUACAUCACGCUAUACCAUAACUCCAGAAGAAAGAUGAAUUUGUUACUAUGAAAGGCAACUUAAUUUUAAAUCAAUUUCUCCAAAAACAAUUGAAUUUGUAUUUAAGAAGUGAGUUGGCCCAGAAGGGUGAGGAUUUUAACGUAUAAUUUAAUUGCAUUUAAAAAAUAUUAGGGUGUUAGGGUGUUAAGGUGUUAAUUUUAUCGAACCAUUUAAUCUCAGAAGGCCUAACUCUCAAAAGAUUUCAGAAAUCAAGUGAAAAUCUUGGUAUUAAUAUUGGAGAUUUAUCAAGCCCUGAUGACAAUAUCUAUCAAUUUUAUAAACAAUUUAAAACCAAUGACACUUUUAACAUAGACGAACUUAUUAUUUUCGGUGUUUUUGAAUGCUCGGCAAGACCCGAAGACAAGGCUGAAGUUUGAUACGAUAUUAUUGAUAAAGAUUUAUCUGGCCGUCUCCUAACUCAACAAGUAAAAGACUUCAUAAAAUGUCUCUACAAGCUCACCUAUAAAUAUCUCCCAAAAAUUGCUUCAGGAACAGACGACAAGUUUGUUUCACCAGAGCAAAUCCAAGUCUACAUCGAAAAGGCCGAUCUCCACUCAGAAAAAUUUUCUGCACAUAUUACUGACUUAUUAACCUCCAAUAUUGCAUUAGACAAACCUGGCUUCCAAGAAAAAUUAAGGGAACACUACAAAAUCACAUAUCCAGAAGGAUUUCGAGUCCUCGUUAAAGAAUUUUUAAAUAAUGGCAAUAAAUAA